CCCUACGUCCCUGCAUCCUGAGUGGCCCGGGAGGGAGAGGGCCAGCCGGAGUCCGCACCCGUGUGCACUGGCUGCCGCAGGGCCGGGCGAGCAGGUGGAGCUCACCCUCCCGCGGAGCGCUGGGCGGUGGACCGCAGUGACGCGGCCCGAGACAUGGCGGCCACGCGCCUCUGAGGCCGCAGAGCCUCUUGCUGCGCGAGCUUGGCUGCUGAAUGCCCGGGCGCGUGGCCCCGAGGGUCCUGGCUGCCUGCGGUCCUCACCCCGCAGUCUCCAUGCUGCAUUCCUCCUUAGUGCUUCCGGCCGUGUAGCAGCCGCUGCCGGCCGGGCCUCAGGGCACUCUGCCUAUCCAUCGGGCACUUUUCCUUUCCAUUUUCUUGCUCCAUCCCUGUUUGCUUUUCCUCCCCCUUCUGCUUUGCAUCCCGCUAUGGCCGCAGAAGAGGUGGUGCACACCGUAGACCACUAUAAAACUGAAAUAGAGAGGCUGACCAAGGAGCUCACAGAAACCACCCACGAGAAGAUUCAGGCUGCCGAGUACGGGCUGGUGGUGCUGGAGGAGAAACUGACUCUCAAGCAACAGUAUGAUGAGCUGGAGGCCGAGUACGACGGCCUCAAACAAGAGCUGGAGCAGCUCAAAGAGGCGUUUGGGCAGUCCUUCUCCACCCACCGUAAAGUGGCCGAGGAUGGGGAGACCCGGGAGGAGACACUUCUGCAGGAGUCUGCAUCCAAGGAAGCUUACUAUCUAAACAAGGUCCUGGAGAUGCAGAGUGAGCUGAAGCAGAGCCGGGCCGUGGUCACAAAUGUCCAGGCGGAGAACGAGAGGCUCUCGGCUGUUGUGCAGGAACUGAAAGAGAACAAUGAGAUGGUUGAGCUACAGAGAAUACGAAUGAAAGAUGAAAUCCGAGAAUAUAAAUUCCGCGAGGCCCGACUCCUUCAGGACUAUACAGAACUGGAAGAAGAAAAUAUCACAUUGCAGAAACUUGUGUCCACAUUAAAGCAGAACCAGGUUGAGUAUGAAGGCUUAAAGCAUGAAAUUAAGAGGUUUGAAGAGGAAACAGUGCUACUGAACAGCCAGCUAGAAGAUGCCAUUCGACUGAAAGAGAUCGCAGAGCAUCAGUUGGAAGAAGCCCUUGAGACGCUGAAAAAUGAGAGAGAGCAGAAGAACAGCCUGAGGAAGGAGCUGUCCCAGUACAUCAACCUUAGUGAGAACCACAUCAGCAUCUCAGUGGAUGGGCUCAAGUUUGCUGAGGACGGGAGUGAGCCAAACAACGAUGACAAGAUGAACGGACAUAUCCACGGGCCUCUUGGGAAACUGAACGGAGACUAUCGUACUCCCAACUCCAGGAAAGGAGAGUCCCUACACCCUGUGUCUGACUUAUUCAGUGAGCUCAACAUUUCAGAAAUUCAGAAGUUGAAGCAGCAGCUUAUUCAGGUAGAGCGGGAAAAAGCUAUUCUUCUGGCCAACCUGCAGGAGUCACAAACCCAGCUAGAACACACCAAGGGGGCGCUGACAGAGCAACAUGAGCGAGUACACCGGCUCACAGAGCACGUCAAUGCCAUGCGGGGCCUUCAGAACAGCAAGGAGCUCAAGGCUGAGAUAGACUGUGAGAAGAGCCGGAACUCAGCAGAGGAGGCCCAUGACUAUGAGGUGGACAUCAACGGCCUAGAGAUUCUUGAGUGCAAAUACAGAGUGGCCGUCACUGAGGUCAUUGACUUGAAAGCAGAAAUUAAGGCCUUAAAAGAGAAGUAUAAUAAAUCUGUGGAAAGUUAUACAGAAGAGAAGACCAAAUAUGAGAGUAAGAUCCAAAUGUAUGAUGAGCAAGUGACCAACCUGGAGAAGACAUCUAAAGAGAGUGGCGAGAAGAUGGCCCACAUGGAGGAGGAGUUGCAAAAGAUGACUGGCUUAGCCAAUGAAAAUCACAACACCCUCAACACAGCCCAGGACGAGCUGGUGACGUUUAGUGAGGAGUUAGCCCAGCUUUACCACCAUGUGUGUCUAUGUAACAAUGAAACUCCCAACAGGGUCAUGUUGGACUACUAUAGGCAAAGCAGAGUGACCCGAAGUGGCAGCCUCAAGGGGCCUGAUGAUCCCAGAGGGCUUUUGUCUCCAAGGUUAUCCAGGAGGGGGGUGUCAUCCCCAGUAGAAUCACGGACAUCAUCUGAGCCAGUUUCAAAAGAAAACACAGAGACUAGCAGUAAAGAGCCAAGCCCAGCUAAGACACCCACCGUCUCUCCUGUCAUUACUGCCCCACCGUCCUCUCCGGUUUUGGAUACAAGUGAUCUCCGCAGAGAGCCCAUGAACAUCUACAACCUCAAUGCCAUAAUCCGGGACCAAAUCAGGCAUCUGCAGAAAGCAGUGGACAGGUCCUUACAGCUGUCUCGGCAAAGAGCAGCAGCCCGAGAGUUGGCUCCCAUGAUUGAUAAAGACAAGGAAGCCUUAAUGGAGGAGAUUCUCAAGCUGAAGUCCUUGUUGAGUACCAAACGGGAGCAGAUUGCCACCCUGAGGGCAGUGCUGAAAGCCAACAAACAGACAGCUGAGGUGGCUUUAGCUAAUCUGAAGAACAAAUAUGAAAAUGAAAAGGCAAUGGUGACGGAAACAAUGACAAAACUGAGGAAUGAGCUGAAGGCUUUAAAAGAAGAUGCUGCAACCUUCUCAUCCCUAAGAGCAAUGUUUGCAACAAGAUGCGAUGAGUAUGUCACACAGUUGGAUGAGAUGCAAAGACAGUUAGCAGCUGCCGAGGAUGAGAAGAAGACUCUAAACACUUUAUUGCGAAUGGCUAUCCAGCAAAAGCUCGCCCUGACACAGAGGCUGGAGGACUUAGAGUUUGACCAUGAGCAGUCCCGACGCAGCAAAGGCAAGCUUGGGAAGAGCAAGAUCGGCAGCCCUAAAGUAAGUGGGGAGGCGCCAGCCACCGUGCCUACCAUAGACACUUACCUCCUGCAUAGUCAGGGCCCACAGAUACCCACCAUUCGGGUCAGCAGUGGCACUCAGAGGAAAAGACAAUUUUCACCUUCCCUUUGUGAUCAGAGCCGUCCCAGGACAUCAGGGGCUUCCUACCUACAGACUUUAUUAAGAGUUCCCCCUGAUCCCACCUCCACAGAGUCAUUUCUUCUGAAGGGUUCCCCUUCCAUGAGUGAACUCAUCCAAGGGCAUCGGCUCAGCAAGGAAAAAAGGUUAACCGUGGCUCCACCAGAUUGUCAGCAGCCUGCUGCCUCCGUACCGCCACAGUGCUCACAACUAGCUGGGAGGCAAGACUACCCAACUGUCAGUCCGGACAUGGCCCUCCAUGAGGAGCAGCCACAUUCCAGCGCACAGUGUGCUCCUCUCCAGUGUCUGGCCAAGCCUCCUUACCCCUAGUCUUCAUCGCUCCUGAAUGCCUAUUGGGGCUGAAGGUGUUUUAGUGACACUGAGGACACUGCCUAAGAUCUAGCAGGUGUUUUCUUCUUGGAUGUUAGAUGUACAUAUGGUUACAGUCCAUCAUUUUACAAGAGGAGAGUUC